AUACGGAGUCUUCUUAAGGAAGACUUUAACGUCCUAAAUAUAAAAAGACCGAUCCGUCCCUCCAGGGUUUUACGAUCGCAGAAAUUAAUCGAGCAAACUGCGAUGUUCCGAGGAGCGCGCGAUUUUUCAGAAUGACCGCAGUUUUGCGUCGAGACGUGUCAUGUGACGUCAUCACCAUGCCUUCUUUGAGUCACGUGCGUGGAACACGAGUACAGCUAAAAGCUCUCAUUUAGCAACAGACUCCACUGCGAAAGAGCGCACGACUAUUACGUGCGUGCGAUUGCGCUUUCGGCGAGUCGAGUCGUUUUCGACUGCACAGUAGGGUAGUACGGAUAUCUGGGCGCAGCCUUAGGGUUAGGGUUAACCCAAGGGUUAGCUAACCCUUACACCUAACCCUAGUCAUGACCAAAAGGAUUCACUGAUUCAACUGAUUCACUUAAUGAAAAUGGAAGGAUUCUCGGUCAUGAAUCAAGAGAUUCACUGACUCAACUGAUUCAAUUAAAAGAAAAAAAGGAAUGAUUCUUGGUCAUGCCUGAAAUGAUUCACCGAUUCAACAUAUUGAGUGAACGAGAGAGGAGUGAAACUCCUAAACGAUGAUAAACGAAACGGUGAACUGAUUCAGCUGUUUCACCGAAUGAGAGAGGAGUGAGUCUUGGGCCUGACAGAAAUGAUUCACUGAUUCAACCGAUUCACUUAAUGAGAAAGGAGCAAAGCUUCGUCCUGACCAGAAAGGAUUCACUGAUUCAACUGAUUUCAACAAAUUCAUUACAGACUGUUGCAAAUAUGAAUCAUAUACAAUUCAAAGUGUACUCACAAUGCAAUACCUAACCCUACAUAAAUAACGAUGAAGGUUGUGUGUGCGUAGAGAAAUGUAGGGCUUUGGCUUUGGCACGUUUUAAUCUUGUGACUCUUUCAAAAUGGCUGAAUAUUUCUCAAACAAAACAUAAUCUAAUCUGGGCUGAUUAAAGGACGAGACACCGUUUGGUUUAUGUAGCAAAGGGAAAUAUUACGAAUUCAGCAGGAAGUACUGAAUUCAAUCCUUAACAGAAGGAAUUCCUUUCCGCUCUCAGACGUCUGAUUCGACCCGAAGAUUCAUACUUUAGAUCAGAAUCUGGGCAUGUUUUCACUUGGGCACACACCGGAAGCCGGAUUAUAUUCUGAAGUGGUGUGAUGGAUUAUGAAAGGGGUUUUAUCAUUCCGUAGAGAAAGCACACCGCCUCUUGUGCUCCUUGUGCUCCUGUCUCUGAGUGUUAUGCAAAAACGGUGUGAAAAUUCUGAAGUUUGAAAGUCAAAUGUGUCCAGUUGUGUACGUGAGCUGGAGGAUGGACACACACACACCCAAACACACACACACACACACACACACACACACACCAUCUACGCAGUCGGUCUGGAGGUCCGGGGUGUGUUGCAGAUCUGUGUACUGUAAUCAUCAAGCAGUUACUCUGUAGAACAUCUGAAGAGCUCAGAAGAUAUCACAGAGUCCUGAGUUUAAGGAACCCGGCCCGUUAGGAGUGCCUGGUUCUCCGGUGUAAUCAUGUUUCCCAUCAUACUUAUUAUGUCAAUAUUAUGUCACGCAGGUCACGCUGUUGACUACGGUACGGACUUUGUCACGGCGUUUCCGGAGAACCUUGCUUACUACUUUCCGGCAAAUCUCGUCCUCAGUCUGAAAAUCACCACCUUCGUCCCUUACACUAAUGUUCAGAUCAUCAGCAACGGUACAGUUAUUAACAGAUCGUCCGUGAGCACCCCGAAGGUGUUCGUUGUGAAUAUUCCUAACUUAGAGGUGAAUCAGAUCGGCUUCUCCUUUAACGCGCUCAGAAUCACCAGCAACUACAAUAUCACUGUGGUUUCAAUGAGCAGUCGAAGAGACAGCAUACAGAUCAACACUGUUCCACCUACAAAUCGUCUGGGAGUGGAAUAUCUGGUCCCUGCCCCUAAUUACAACACGCUCGCUCUCCAGCUGAACAAAUAUAACGAAUCCCGAUUCAUCAGCUCGACCACUGAGCCGACGCAAUUCAGUUUCAGCCUCAUCAUUAUUAACGCAGAAAAUGUUACGAACGUCGUCACCGUGACCCAAACAUCACCUACUCCGGGAAAUGGUGAUAUCAAACUAGACCCAUUUGAGCUGAUCCUGCUGCCAAGCAACUGUUCCUAUUCUAAAGUCUCAUCUUCUGCAAAAGUGGCUGUGAUCAUUACCAGUCCGUGUGUCGACACCCAGAAUUGCAGGUGUAACAUGGUUGCACACCAACUCCUACCAACCAACUUGAUGGGAACUGAAUUCUUCUUCCCUUCCUUGAAAGAUCAACUUCCCUUCACCUUCAGCCAGCUGUUCGUAACGUCAGCCGACAGUGUCGACCUCAGCUCUGGCUCUGAGAAGAAGACUGUCGCAGCUGGUUCCACAGAUCUGCUUCCUUUUUACCCAGAAACCGGAAGCCCAGUCCUCACAACAACGCAGCCAGCGUUCCUCAGCUUAGUCAAUCCUGGCCUCAUAAUCGAUCUCAUACCGAAAAACAUGUUUUCUGGCUGCUACUUGGUACACACCACCUUGCAGUCGCAAUCACAGGUUUUAAUCAUAGUUGAAACGGCCAAAAAAGAAGAACUCCAAAUCACCUCUAAUCCUACGACCACUUCUCCUGGCAGUAGUUUAUCCUGGAAGGAUGUCAGUGGUACAUCGUACUCAUGGGCUUUAACGCCCCCGAACUGUAAGUCAUGCGUUAUUUGGCAUCCUACCUCGCCAAUUGCGGUGUACAUCUUGGAGACGUCGCCUUCGGGGGUGAUUUAUGGAGGGCCGGCGAUUUCUGUAAACGACGAGCCAGACCCCAACGGUUGUGUUGUGGUUCCCAUGGAAUUUGAACUUAGUAACGUCACAAUGAGUUGGAGGGAGGCUCGGGUUCAGUGCAUCAGUAACGGCUUGGCGCUGGUGAGUCCCAACAUCAACUACACACAAAACAAAAUGGCAGCUGCACUUAACAACAUGAACGUGGAAGGUUUUGCGUGGCUUGGCCUCCGACGCAACCUUGUCACCUCUGAGUGGAACUGGCAAAAUGGCGCCAAUUUCGACUUUGCCAACUGGGACAACGGCCAACCAACGGGCAACCUGUGUGUCGGAAUAUGGAUGGAACCGAAUGGGAAUUUCACAUGGCGCAGCAUACGCUGCUGUGAGUCCAUGCAACCCCUGUGUGUCCGAGAUUCGGUCAUCUUCAACAGCGUCGAUUUGAUUUAGUCGAGCACCACCACCACCAGCUCAGGUCCAACCACCAGCUCGUCUAUAGAACUACAGACCAUGCCCGUCAACCAACAUCCAAUCAUCGACGGCAGCUGAAUUAUCUUCUUCAUUUCAUGUUUACUUAAUCACUGUUGAAUGCAACCUACCUUUUUAAUAAUAGAAAGAUAUAAUUGGCUCAAACUGUUAAUCAAACCUAUCAAACAACAACAAAUCAAAUCAAAUCAAACAACAUCUGCUUUCAUCUGCUUCAAACUUUGAGCUAUGAGCCAUUUAUCCUAAGCAUCAUGUAUGCUAACAGUGCUAAUGAGCUAUUUUAACUUCUGCUGUAAUACAAAUUUAAAGAUUGCUGUUUGGAAACUUAAAAGCUACAGUAGCAGCUGAUGCUAACACGUAGCAUUCGCCAUUUCCAACGUAGACAGAUUCGGUGCGUGCAUGGUCAGCCAUGUUCUCAUCCGAAUGUUGAAUUAAACCGUUGCAGACUUUCCAAUAGACAUUUCUGUCUGAGCAAAGUGGAUGAAAUCAGAUGGCGUUGCAUUCGACUAUCUGCUUUAAAUAUCUCUUUCUGUAAUUGUGACAUGCAAAUAAAUAUCGCAAUCAUAUUAUUUACUCAACUAAGGGAAUUUUCCUUACAAUUAUUCUAAGUGUAUUAUACGUUAAUGGAAACUUAGCUUUACCUGUAUCCUGUAAACAUAUGUCCUAUACAUACAUUAUUAUAUGCACAUGUAGAUGUGAAGCAGUUCCACGUUAGCAUCUAAAAUACAACCUACUUAUAGUUUAACACUACAGAUCAUUUUAGUCCUAGCCGGCUUUUUACUGUAGCCAUAGUUUAUAUUUUAAAAAAAAUGAAUAAAAAAGUCUUUGUCUGUCCUCACUGUAUAUUAAGGAAUAUGUAUGCUGUAAUAAAGGGGAAUGAAUCUACAAUAUAAGAAUAAAUAAUGUCUGGGUAAUUUGU